AUGGCCGCGCAGCUGCUGGAGGAGAAGCUGACCUGCGCCAUCUGCCUGGGGCUCUACCAGGACCCAGUGACGCUGCCCUGCGGCCACAACUUCUGCGGGGCCUGCAUCCGGGACUGGUGGGACCGCUGCGGAAAGGCGUGCCCCGAGUGCCGGGAGCCCUUUCCCGACGGCGCGGAGCUGCGCCGCAACGUGGCCCUCAGCGGCGUGCUGGAGGUGGUGCGCGCCGGGCCCGCCCGGGAUCCCGGCCUCGGCCCCGGCCCCGGCCCCGGCCCUGCUGCGCGCUGCCCCCGCCACGGGUGGCCGCUGGAGCUCUUUUGCCGGACCGAGGGCCGCUGCGUGUGCAGCGUGUGCACCGUGCGCGAGUGUCGCCUCCACGAGCGGGCGCUGCUGGACGCCGAGCGCCUCAAGCGCGAGGCCCAGCUGAGAGCCAGCCUAGAGGUUACCCAGCAGCAGGCCACGCAGGCCGAAGGCCAGCUACUAGAGCUGCAGAAGCAAAGCAGCCAGAUCCAGAACUCGGCCUGCAUCUUGGCCUCCUGGGUCUCCGGCAAGUUCAGCAGCCUUCUACAGGCCCUGGAAAUGCAGCACACAGCAGCACUGAGGAGCAUCGAGGUGGCCAAGACACAGGCGCUGGCACAGGCUCGAGACGAGGAACAGCGGCUGCGGGGCCACUUGGAGGCUGUGGCUCGCCAUGGCUGCAGGAUCCGGGAGCUCCUGGAGCAGGUGGAUGAGCAGACCUUCCUGCAGGAAUCACAGCUCCUCCAGCCCCCAGGGCCUCUUGGGCCACUGACCCCUCUGCAGUGGGAUGAAGACCAACAGCUGGGUGACCUGAAGCAGUUGCUAAGCCGGCUGUGUGGCCUCCUCUUGGAAGAGGGGAGCCACCCUGGGGCACCAGCCAAACCUGUGGACUUAGCCCCCAUGGAGGCCCCAGGCCCCCUGGCACCGGUCCCAAGCACAGUUUGUCCACUGAGGAGGAAACUCUGGCAGAAUUAUCGAAAUCUGACCUUUGAUCCAGUCAGCGCCAACCGUUACUUCUAUCUGUCAUGCCAGGACCAGCAGGUGAAGCACUGCCUUCAGUCCCGGGGCCCAGGCGGGCCCGGCAGCUUCGAGCUCUGGCAGGUGCAAUGUGCCCAGAGCUUCCAGGCCGGGCAUCACUACUGGGAGGUGUGCGCGUCAGACCACUCGGUGACGCUGGGCGUCUCCUACCCGCAACUGCCACGGUGCAGGCUGGGGCCCCACACAGACAACAUUGGCCGGGGACCCUGCUCCUGGGGGCUCUGUGUCCAGGAGGACAGCCUCCAGGCCUGGCACAACGGGGAGGCCCAGCGCCUCCCAGGGGUGUCAGGGCGGCUUCUGGGCAUGGAUUUGGACCUGGCCGCAGGCUGCCUCACCUUCUACAGCCUGGAGCCCCAGACCCAGCCCCUGUACACCUUCCAUGCCCUCUUCAACCAGCCCCUCACCCCCGUCUUCUGGCUCCUCGAGGGUAGGACCCUGACCCUGUGCCAUCAGCCAGGGGCUGUAUUCCCUCCAGGGCCCCAGGAAGAGGUGCUCAGCUGAAGAAGGCAUGGGAUGGAGCCCUGGCAUAGCUGCCACCAUGCCUAUGUGCCCAAGAGCUGCCCAGCUCCAGCUUGGGGACUGGAGGACCAGCUCUUGGCCUCUCUGUUAACUCAGAAAGAGAUUGGAGGUUGGGGGAGGUGAGCAUAAACGCAGAGUUCACUGUUGCAGCCUUUUUGAAAGGGACACAGUCUAGGAGGGGGAUAAAUGGGAUGCCCUUGCCCCAAACAGAACCCAGUUCUAGGUACUGCCUGGGCCUGGGAGGUGAGAGCAGUGCCCAGGGGACUUCUGGGCUUACAGGACAGCAUGUGUGACAAAAUUCAGAUCUACCUGAACUUGCCUCUGGAGACCAUAAAGGCCAAAGGAGCAGUCACGGAGGGGCGGUGAGCCAGAGUAAUCCCAGGGGGAGACAGAUUCCUCCCUCCUCCCUACCUGCAGCGCUCUCUAAUUUUUUGUAACAUUUGGAUAGAUGUCCGUCCUGUCUGUAGUCUUUUUAUUUUGUGCAUCCUUAUAAUUGUAUUCUAUAAACAAUUUUGUUUCCUGCAUUUAAACAUUUUUGUUUUUUUAGGAGAUGGUCUUGCUCUGUCACUCAGGCUGGAGUACAGUGGCACAAUCAUGACUCACUGCAGCCUCGAGCUCCUGAGCUCAAAGGAUCCUCUCACCUCAGCCUCCAGAGUAGCUGAGAUUACAGUGUUUUCUGAAGUUUCUUGACUUAACAUAAGCAUUUUUCACAUGACUGAAAAUUUUCACUGAUUGCUGUAGUCAUUCUAAUGACUAUCAAGUUUAUUUAUCCAUUAUUGGACAUUUAACUUGCUUUCUUUUUAGCUAUACAAACAUCAAUGUGUUUUUCUUGAGACAGGAUCUCCAUCUAUCACCCAGGCUGGUGUGCAGGGGUGCAGUCAUGGGCUCAUGGGAUUCUCCUACCUCAGCCUCCUGAGUAGCUGGGAUUACAGGUGUGUGCCACCACGCCUGGCUUAUGAUGAACAUUUCUGAGCAGAUGCUUGGCCACAUUUAUGGUCAUGUAUGUAGGCUGUUACCUCAAGUGAGUCACUCAGGGAACAGUGAGCACUUGAAGAUUUUUUUACACAAAAGGCCACAGUGAGGCCACCUUGAGUCAAGCCAACUAAGGCCCCUCAACCCUGUCACUAACCAGCGCGUGACACUGGCAGGACCUUCGUCUCCAGUAUCCCACCCCUGGGUGUGGGACUUUGGGGCAGCUGUGUGUGCAGGUGCCGGCACAGGCUAGCUCCUCCUGGUUUGGUGUGGUAUUUGCCAUUGCAGAGCAAGCUGCCACGAAGACGCCUGGGCAUGAUUUUGCUUGUAUUUCCGGAAGUGAGGUUGCUGGGUCAUAGGGCAGGUGUAAUUUUUUUUUACUUGAAAUGUUCCACUUCUUGUUCUGGGAGGUGGUUCCAAGGGUGUCUGCUUUUGGCCAGGCGCGGUGGCUCACGUUUGUAAUCCCAGCACUUUGGGAGGCUGAAGCGGGCGGAUCACAAGGUCAGGAGUUCCAGACCAGCCUGGCCAACAUGGCAAAACCCCGUCUCUACUAAAAAUACAAAAAUUAGCCGGGCAUGGUGGCGUGCGCCUGUAAUCCCAGCUACCGGGGAGGCUGAGGCAGAAGAAUCGCUUAAACCCAGGAGGUGAGGUUGCAGUGAGCUGAGACUGCGCCACUGCACUACGGCCUGGGUGACAGAGCGAGACUUUGUCUCAAAAAAAAAAAAAAGGAGGGCUGUCUGCUUUUUGUAACUUGAAAAACUGGACAUCUGUGUUAUAUGUACUCAUGGAUAAAUAUUUCACAAUAAAACUUUUUAAAAGGAUAA